CCACCAGGUGUCGCCAAAUCCCCCCUCUUGAGACCGACAGCUUUUCCAGCUGCAAAUAAAGAGCCGAACAAAAAAGAAAACGCGCAUUCUGGAGGUGUCAGAAGAUCACGCAGCGUGGAAGAGUCCACGGACACGGCAGCACAGCAGACAUGUUCCUGUACCUCCUGGGCCUCGUGCUCCUCUUCCUCGUCUUCCGCUGGAUCAGAGAGCUCCCCCGAGUGUCCGAUAAAGGAAACAAGCAUGUGUACAUCACGGGCUGCGACUCCGGCUUCGGCAACCUCCUCGCUCGCCACUUGGACAAGUUGGGCUUCCCGGUGAUCGCCGGGUGUUACACGGAGAAGGGCGAGGAGGAGCUGAGGAAGGCCUGCUCCGGGAAGAUGACCACCACGCACCUGGACGUCACCUCCAAGGAGAGCGUGGCCAAAGUGGCGGCAAUGAUUAAGCAGAAAGUCGGAGACCGCGGCCUGUGGGCCGUGGUGAACAACGCGGGCGUGGCCGUGCCCUCCGGCCCGUGCGACUGGCACAUCGUAGACGACUACAAAUUCAUGGUGGACGUGAACCUCCACGGCGUGAUCGCGGUGACGCUGAGCGUGAUUCCGCUGAUAAAGAAGGCGGGGGGCCGCGUGGUGAACGUGGCCAGCGUGUUCGGCAGGAUUAGCGUCACCGGGGGGCCGUACCCCGUCUCAAAGUUCGCGGUGGAGGGGUUCAACGACAGCCUGAGGAUAGGCAUGGCGCCCUUCGGCGUCAAAGUCCUUUGUAUUGAACCGGGUUUCUUCAAAACAAACGUGACGGACAGCGAGAUCCAGAUCAAAGCCGUCAAAGGUCUGUGGGAGAGACUCCCCCAAGAGAUCAAAGACGACUACGGAAGCGAUUACCUAGACAAAGCCAUCAAGAUAACGUCGGAGUCGCUAUCGAAGAUGAGCGACGGCGACCUGAUGAAGGUGGUGCACUGCAUGGAGCACGCCGUCGCCGCCGCCUGGCCCCGCAAACGCUACUCCCCCGGCUGGGACGCCAAGUUCUUCUGGCUGCCGAUGUCCUACAUGCCGACGUGCAUCGUGGACUACAUCAUGCUAAGCGGCGCCAUCCCCGUCAAAAAGCAGAAGAAGUGACCCGACCCCUGAAGAACGAGGUCAAGGCCGCCUUAUCGCCCGCUCAGAUUACUGCACACAAAGGGGGCAAUAAACCAAAGACCCACAGGGCCUCCUGGAUCUGCUGGUGUUUGGUCUGAACUGAUUAAGAAAAGUGGAAAAUCUGUCGACAUAACAUAACAUGAGUCAGCAAAACUCGUCAAAACUGACUGGAUUUCCAAGUUAAACAAGGUUGUGCUUGCUCAGUUGCAUUGUGGGUAACGUUUUUAUUGUUGGUGGGGCAUGAAAUCCACGAAAAUCCACUUUUCAAGAAGCCGCUUCCCACCAACAUCCAUGGGGGAGCGGCGAGGACACAAUCAGAUAACGCCGCGUCAUGGCACCGUUCAAACACAACCUUUGUCACAAAACCAGAGAAGAUUGGGAAAUGAAAGUCCAAACGACCACCCGGAGCACCACCAGGCCGUUUUUUACUUCCUGCUUUACAAAAUAAAAGCCUAAAAUAUCA